AUGUAUUUACUUGUCGUGUUUUGUUUUAUAUUGGGAAGUCGGGCACAAAAUUUUAUAGAUUUUAAUAAAAGAGUGAACAUUUUCGGUAUAGAGUUAAUGUAUUUUACGCAUCAAGAAAUAAAUAAUACAUUGAUAUCGCCGUUCGGAGUGUGGAGUGUUCUUACAGGGUUGACCACCGGCGCCACAAGUGUGAGUAAAACUCAGCUGUACGACAUUCUGCGCCUCCCCAACAAUGACGUAAGAAUAACAGAUGCCUAUAAAAAUUUGACGCAGAUUGUAUUAAACAAUACCAUUGUUCAAAGCAAGAAUAAUUUGUAUUACCAUAUGAAUAAUACAAUUUCGAAACAAUUUGAAAAUGAUCUGACUGAUCACUUCGAUAUUCUAGCAAUAAAGCUUGAUUUUAGAGAAUCGCACUCGGCUGCGUUGGUAGCGAAUACAAUUGUAUCCGACGCUGGAAUCAAAACCAAUAAUGUAUUAAACGAUACUGAUUUUACAGACGCAAAUGUGAUAUUGACCUGUGUCAUUAAGUUUAGUGGUCUCUUCGAAUCACCGUUUAGUAAGGACCGGACAACAAUUCGGCCAUUUUACGUAAGCCCCAAUGAUAUUAAAGAAGUGAAUAUGAUGAAGCAAAUUGGACAAUUUCGUUAUUCCAAAAUCGAUUCUAUAAAAUCAGAAGUAAUCGAAAUGCCUUAUACAAAAUAUAAUAUAUCAAUGAUUGUGAUUCUUCCCAACAGAAAUGUGUCCCUAGAUGAUUUAUAUGAAGGUUUUAGACGAACAUCUAUUGAAGAUGUUGUGCGCAAACUGGAAGUGGAAGAAAAGGAGAUAGUGUCAGUUUCAAUACCAAGAUUUAAAAUAAGAUCAAAUUUAAUUUUAAAUACACCUUUGAGUCUAAUGGGUUUAGAUAUUUUUACACCAUACGCGAGAUUUAGUGAAACGUCAAAUAAUUUUUAUAUUUCCAAAUUGGUGCAUAAAGUUGAUUUGGAACUUAUUGAAUCCGGUAUAAAUAAUCAAUUACAAUUGAAUCCCGCCAAGAUCUUCGUAGCGGAUCGUCCAUUCGUCUAUGUGAUUGUAGAGAGAACUACAAAAACAUCUGUAAUUAGCGGCAUUUUCACGAGGCCUACGCUGUAUUAA